AUGGCCCCUGACCCUCAAAACUAUGUAUCAAACCACCUUCUAGCCACUAAAUCCCUCCCGGUCGCGCAAACCUGGCUCUCUCAAUUUUUCUCCUCGCAACGUGUAGGAAUCACUCCCCUUUCCGCUCUCACCCAGACAGCCCUCUUCCGACUCCUUGCCUCCGACUUCACAACCUCUCUCGAAGUCACUACCCAAUCCCAAAUCCUCCCAGCGGACAUUUUAGACCCCACAGUCAGAGAACGGCGAAUAUGCGGGCCAAUUCCACUCCAGGUACUCGAUAUAGAGGACAUAGGCAGCAGCCUCUGGAGUCAGGUCGAAGCAAUUGAAAAGAUCGAGCGCGGUGAAGAAAGUCGUGGACGAGAGAUAAUACGAACAGUCACUCGGGAUGAGUCGGGUGAUGUUGCGGCUGCUGGUAGCAACAGCACCAACAACACAGCAAAUAUAUCUGGAACAAAUAAUAGUAAUGUGGCUGGGGCGCGGAAUACAUCAUCUUCCACAACGGCUAGUGGCGGGCCACAUCGGCUAGUGCUCCAAGAUGCAAAGGGAACGAGAGUUGUUGCUAUAGAAUUUAAACGGGUAGAGGAAGUUGGGGUUGGGAAGAUGUCUAUCGGGGCAAAGAUGGUGGUGAAAAACGCAACAGUAGCAAGAGGGAUGUUAUUGCUGGAGCCGAGCUGCGUUAGUGUGCUUGGAGGGAGGAUCGAGGGGAUGGAUAAGGCGUGGAAAGAUGGGAGAAAAGCUAGAUUAUUGGAAAGGUUGGAAGAGCAGGCUGCUGCUGAAGUUACGUGA